UACACACGAGGCUCGUCAACUGUCAGCGGGAAGUGGAGCGGACAACCGCGUCGUUGUCUCAGCAACCACGCAGAGCAGCCGCGGAGCAGCGCCGUGGCGCCAUGAGUCAGAGGCGGGUGCUGCACGUGUUCGAGCAGUACCAGAAUGCCCGGACCCAGUUCGUGCAGAUGGUGGCAGAGUUGGCGACCAGGUCCCAGAACAUCGAGACGCUGCAGAACGCAGGUGUGAUAUCUUUGCUGCGGCCUCUUCUUCUGGACGUGGUCCCCACAAUUCAGCAGACUGCAGCUCUGGCUCUUGGGAGACUGGCUAAUUACAAUGAUGACCUAGCAGAAGCCGUUGUGAAGGGUGACAUUCUCCCACAGCUUGUCUAUUCAAUGGCAGAACAGAAUCGUUUUUACAAGAAAGCAGCGGCCUUUGUGUUAAGGGCAGUUGGCAAACAUUCUCCUCAGCUAGCUCAGGCCGUGGUUGACUGCGGAGCUCUGGAUACACUGGUGAUAUGCUUGGAAGAUUUUGACCCUGGAGUCAAGGAGGCUGUUUCUGGGGCUCUUGGAUUUAUUGCAAGACAUAAUGCAGAGCUGUCCCAAGCUGUGGUGGAUGCAGGAACGGUUCCUCUUUUAGUACUUUGUAUCCAGGAGCCAGAAAUUGCUUUGAAGGGGGUUGCUGCUUCGGCUCUCAGUGAUAUUUCAAAGCACUCUCCAGAACUGGCACAGACAGUGGUGGAUGCAGGAGCGAUUGCUCACUUAGCCCAGAUGAUCCUGAAUCCCGAUGCUAACUUAAAGCAUCAGGUCCUCAUGGCUCUCAGUCAGAUUGCAAAACACUCUGUGGAUCUGGCAGAAAUGGUGGUUGAAGCAGAGAUUUUCCCAGUUGUACUUACCUGUCUAAAGGAUGAAUCUGACCAUGUGAAAAAAAAUGCUUCUACUUUAAUUAGAGAGAUUGCAAAGCAUACGCCUGAGCUUUCCCAGCUGAUCGUUAACGCAGGAGGAGUAGCUGCCAUGAUCGAUUGUAUUGGCUCCUGCAGAGGAAACAUCCGGCUGCCUGGAAUCAUGAUGCUGGGCUACGUGGCAGCUCAUUCUGAGAACCUGGCCAUGGCGGUGAUCAUUUCCAAGGGUGUGCCUCAGUUGUCAAUCUGCCUGUCAGAAGAGCCAGAAGAUCAUAUUAAGGCUGCUGCUGCCUGGGCCCUAGGACAGAUUGGGAGACACACUCCUGAGCAUGCAAAGGCUGUCGCGGUCACGAAUGCUCUGCCAGUUCUGCUUUCUUUGUACAUGUCAGCAGGAAGUACUGAAGACCUGCAGACAAAAUGUAAGAAAGCCAUAAAGAAUAUUCUACAAAAAUGUACCUACUUGCCAGCCCUCGAGCCAUUUCUGUAUGAUGCGCCUCCCAAUAUUCUGAAGCAUGUCGUUGGACAGUUCAGUAAGGUGCUGCCACACGAUAGCAAAGCUCGGCAACUUUUUGUCACAAGCGGGGGACUUAAAAAAGUUCAAGAGAUCAAAGCUGAACCCGGAUCUAUCCUUCAAGAAUACAUCAACAGCAUUAACAACUGCUACCCAGAGGAAAUAGUCAGGUACUAUUCCCCUGGAUAUUCCGACACACUUCUACAGAGAGUGGAGAACUAUCAGCCACCUACUAAAUAAGCAAAAUCGUAAUUUACUGAUUUGCCAUUGAUUUACAACAGUAGAAAAUUUCAGGAGUAUAGCUCCAUGCAUAAAUGUCUGUGAAGCUUAAAAAGUUCAGGAGCCGUCUCAUCACAUCAAAAUGAUGCUUCUACCCACUUCUCCCUUCCCUCUCAUAACCAUAAUAUUCAGAGUUGAAGCCAUUUCUGUCUUGCCAGCUUAUUUGCUUUCACUAUUUAUAUUCCACGAGUGAAAUAUUCUUAUAAUUGCCUUUCAUCUGAUUUACUUCAUUUACCAUAAUCUCUUCAAAUUACAUCCAUGUAGUAGAGAUACGACUCCCAUUUUAUUUUUUUAUGACUCCAUUUUUUAAUAGCUCACUGGAUUAGUAUUCCACUGAAUAUAUAUAUAUAUAUAUAUACAUAUAUAUAUAUCACAACUUUUUUUUUUAAAUGCAGUGUCAGAGACUGAAACCAGUGUCUCAUGCAUGUGCUUGAUCAGUGUGUUGCCUCUCUGGUCCAGUAAAAAAAAAAAAAAAAAAAAGGCUUGCUCUAGAAUGAAAGAGUUUCAGAGCCAGAACAGUGCACCACUUCCCCAUCCACAGAGCUCCACUUAUGUCCAUGGGCCCUAGCUCACUGGAAGGACACUCACUCUACUGCUGGGCCACCUUGCCAGCCUCACCACGACUCCUUCAUACAGCCGGUCAUCCUUUGAUGGGCAUUUAGCCUGAUGACAUAUUUCAGCUAUUACGAAUAAUGCUAUGAAGAAAGAGGUGCAAAUAUUCUUUCCGAUUAGUGUUUGAUAUCUGUUGGAAGAAUACCUGAAAGUGGUAUUGCUAGGUUAUAUGGCAUUUCUAAUUUUAUGUUGGCUUAUUAUAGUGCUGGGGAUUGAACCUAGGAUCUCCGAGCCCAGGCAUGAAAAGUCUUUUGCAUAGCCAUUAUGCUAUCUUCCUAGCCUUCUAACUUUAUUUUUUAUUUAAGAAAUAACCAUGGGAGUGGGAGAGACAAUUUUGGUAAUGGAUGCAGUGUGAAACUAUACUGUUGUAAUUUUCUAAUUUGUAAAACACUAUUAAAUUUUUUUUUGAAAAUAAAAACAUGCAAAUUCAAAGGAAAAAAAAAGGAGC